AUGCCAAAGCAGGGCUCUUGGCUGCUUCAGAAGAUCUUCAAGGUAUCACUCUUCGCUUGGCAAGGCUAUCAGAGAGGUUCCAUGCAGUGGAGUGAAGAAUUAGCAUGGGUGGUGACUAAUGUUAAUGGCAAAUUGACAAUAACUGCUUUCAAUCCCCUUACUGCCAUUCUUACUCAAAACAAACUUGAGGGUCCAAAUUAUGUUGAUUGGAAACGAAAUUUGGAUAUUGUUCUAAUUGUUGAAGAGUACAAAUUUGUGCUCGAUGAGGUGUGUCCAGAAAAACCUGGAGAUGAUGCCACAAAUGAUGAACAAAAGGCUUACCAGAAAUGGAUUAAGGCUGAUGAGAUGGCGCGGUGUUACAUUUUGGCAUCCAUGUCGAAUGUUCUGCAACAUCAGCAUCAGUCGAUGGAGUCUGCUUAUGACAUUCUGGAAAAUCUCAAAGAAAUGUUCGGAGAUCAGAAUCGUGCGGCUAAGCAGACUGCCAUGAAAGCCCUUCUGAAUACCAAAAUGGUUGAAGGUUCAUCGGUCAGGGACCAUGUUCUGAAGAUGAUGAGUCUUCUGAAUGAACUGGAGGUCCUUGGAGCUAACAUUGAUAAGGACACGCAGGUUGAAAUGAUCCUGCAGACUUUGCCUGACAGUUUUCAGCAGUUUCGCCUGAAUUAUAACAUGAACAAAAUGGAUUUGUCCCUUGCGAAAUUGCUGAAUGAGCUGCAGUCGGCAGAGACUAUUAUCAAGUC